AUGCCACGAACCCGACGUCUACUUCGAAAUGAGGAGAUCACGUACUCCGCUGCGAAAGAGCAGGAACUUAAUAUCCUUCAUCAGCUAGGAUACCACGAACAACAGACCCACUUCUUCGCUCAUCCAAAUGUCCGACAGGAUUGGAUGAGGGCCGUUGUUGCUCAUCAUCUUGGCUUAGGAUCAUCCAGCGUAUGCCAUGUAGCUGAAGAAUCGAACUGGCUCCACGGUAGCUUCAAUGUUUGUAUCCCAAUUACUAAUGAUAAUCGGGACGAUCAUCGCGUUCUUCUUCGUUUUCCUCUUCCAUACCGCGUCGGUGAAGCCGUUAUGCCCGGCAAUGGGAACGAGAAGAUUCGAUGUGAAGCGGGGACUUACGCAUGGCUUCAAGAGAAUACAGAUGUCCCAAUUCCAAGCUUAUUUGGAUUUUCCCUAUCCACUGGUGAAACCUUCACGCGAGUUGAGAACUUCUCAUUUCUGGCCCGGUACUAUCAGCUUCUGGAGACUGCGAUCAUGUUCAACAAUGGCUGCACAAUAACCAGACGUCAUAUAUGGCCCACUCGUUCGGACGCUCCAGAAGCUGCACAAUCCGAACGUGUGAGUGGUAUCCAGGCGACCAAAUUCAAGCAGUUGUCCUUGUGGCCAGAGGACGUGGAGCGCGGGAAGAGCCAGCUCUGCGCAAUAGACUGGGCCUGGUGA